AUGAAGCAGUUGAUCAGAAGGCUCUCCCGGGUCGCCGACUCGUCGCAGUACUGCCUCCUGCGCUCCGCCGACACGGCCUCGUCCCGCCCGCGCCGAAGCGAGUCGUUUCGGGUGAAGCUCCGCCGCCGCAGGUCCUCCGCCGGCGAACCGGUGGUUCCGGAGGGACACGUGCCGGUCUACGUUGGCGACGAGAUGGAGCGGUUCGUGGUUCACGCCGAGCUGCUGAACCACCCGGUCUUCGUCGAGCUCUUGAACAAGUCGGCUCAGGAGUACGGCUACGAGCAGAAGGGCGUGCUCCGGAUCCCUUGUCACGUGAUCGUCUUCGAGCGCGUGCUGGAGGCUCUCCGCCUCGGGCAGCCCCCGUCACGUGACCUGCAUGACCUCCUGAGCUCGAUCUCCGACGACCUGAGAUCUUGGUAG